UAAAAAGAUGAUUAAAAGACACCUUGACUUUAGAUAGUGUUUUGCAAAAAUGUUUAAAAUAAUUUUCUUGUUUCUCUGUGGAUUUUUAUUGGUGACAUCGUAUAAAUCAUCUUCUCUCAAAACAACUUUAAAUCGAAGCUCUAAAAUAAUUAAUGGUGAAUUGACAACAAUUGAAAAAUUUCCAUUUUUGGUAUCACUACAAUACAAUGGGACAUUCUUCAAUCAUUCUGUGAUGCACUUUUGCUGUGGCAAUAUUAUUCAUCGACAAUGGAUUGUCACAUCUGCUCAAUGCAUGAAAGCAAGAAAUACUGAAAAUUUUCAUAUUAGAGCUGGAUCAGCAAAAUAUUAUCAAGAUGGAGUAGUUUAUAAACCGUCAGAAAUAAUAAUCCAUCCGAAAUUCAUUGAUGCACAGCAAGGCUUUGAUAUAGCUCUGAUCAAAUUAUCUGAGAGUGUUACUUUCAACGAUGGAAUAAAGCCAAUUGCAUUGCCUACUGAUAGUGCAGUUAUUGAUGACAAUACUUUACUUAAAAUUGCCGGUUGGGGUAAAUUUGAUCAAGUUCAUCUAAUAUCAGAUUCGCUUCGUGAGACGAAAGUUACGAAAAUCAGUAGAACAGUUUGUGAAUAUAUUUAUGGAAGUGGUUCUAUUUCAAAGGAAACGUUUUGUAUUUUCAAAAAUGGUCAUGGUCCUUGUGUUGGGGAUACUGGCUCUCCAGCUACGCGGAAUAAUAUUCUUUUUGGGCUUGCCUCGUGGAGUUAUUCUUGUGGUUAUCAAUAUCCUACUGCGUACACAAACGUGUCAUCUUAUACCACUUGGAUUAAAAAUAUUACAGGAAUUGUUUAGCAGAUAUUUUAAUAAAUACUUUACAGACACAAAAA